AGAACCCAAGACUAUGAAAACUUAACCCACCCACGGUCCAACAAUCUUUUGUCACCAAAAUGCCCAAACGCUAACAAAUUUCAACCAUGAACCAUCCUCCGCCGCAAACCACCGGGAUCACCACUAGAACCACCGUAAAAAAGCUCCGUGAAAACCCCACACCGUCCUCCAAAAUCCCAUUCCAGUCCCGCAAAAUCCGAAAACUCACCACCACUGCAACCGUCGUCGACAACGACCCAACCAAAUCCCCUCACCCUCCCCUCAUAAAAAUCCCUAAAUCUCUAUCAACAAAACCCGAAAUCGACGCCGCUCUUAACCACCUCCGCUCAGCCGAUCCUCUCCUCGCCGCCCUCAUUUCAACCCAUGCCCCACCAAAACUCUCCCCUAAUAACUCCCCCUUCCUCUCUCUCACCAAAUCCAUAAUCUUCCAACAACUCGCCACCAAAGCGGCCAAUUCAAUCUACACCCGCUUUGUCUCCCUAUGCGGAACCCAUUCCGACGUCGUUCCGAACAGGGUCCUUUCUCUCACCCCACAAAAGCUCAGAGAAACCGGCGUCUCCGCUCGCAAAGCAAGCUACCUCCACGACCUCUCCGAUAAGUUCUCGACUGGGUUUUUGUCGGACACUUUGAUUCUCACGGCGGACGAUGAAACGUUGUUCCGAAUGUUGACGUCGGUGAAAGGGAUCGGUCCUUGGUCAGUCCACAUGUUCAUGAUAUUCUCGUUGCACAGGCCUGAUGUUUUGCCGGUCGGUGACCUUGGUGUAAGGAAAGGGGUGCAGUGUUUGUAUGGGUUAAAGGAUUUGCCUAAACCAAUGCAAAUGGAACAGAUUUGUGAGAAAUGGAGGCCUUAUAGAUCGGUUGGGUCUUGGUAUAUGUGGAGGCUUAUGGAAGCUAAAACUACAAAAGGGAAUAAUGGCAAUGCUCAGGGUGUUGUUGAAGAUGAUCAAAGUGGAGGGUUUUGAAAGAAAAAAAAAGUUUUUAGGAUUGAAAGUUUGCAACUUUUUCUGUAAUUGCCUGUAAUUUCUAGUGUUAUUGGAUUCAAUGUUAAUUCGAUCUGUUUAAUGUUUAUUCA